AUGUACCCCUCCCCCUCUCCCUCCCCGGCUCCUUCGCCACCCGCCUUCCUCUACCUCAACUCCCACCACCACCAGUCCGGCAGUCAUGGUGGAGGGCCCCUCUCGGGCGGCGGCCAAGGCUCCUCGGCACAGCAGAACCAGGCCGGAGCCUUUGGCCCCAGCGGCUCCGCCGGCUUCAAUCCCGUAGGCCGCUUCCCCCUCCCCGGCUCCGGAUGGCCACCGCGCUCCCAGCACCACGCCCACCACUCGCACCAGCAGAACCCGUCGCUGUCGUCGUUGCCCGGCAGCCUGGGCCACUCGAGCACUGCCUCCGCCAACAAUGCCGGCCCACCCUCAUCGCCCGCCUACGGUGGCCUCUCGAGCAGCCACCACCACCACCAUUCGGCACACGGCCCGCACGGCCUCUCCCAUCUUGCAUCACCGGCCACCCUUCACCCUUCGCAGAACCACCUCGCGUCUUCUAGCGCGUCCAACGCGGCCGCCCACUCCCCGCACUGGCAGCAACAGCUGCACAAAGCAGAGAUCUCGCGGCAGUCGUCCUCGCCGCACCACCACGCACGAGCAGCGGCGCUGGCGGCCCGGAGCGCGACGAGCUCGGCCGUCACAAUUCAGGACCCGAACAAGGGCAUCCACGUGCCGGCCAGCGCGGCGGCCAACGGCCUGUUUGUCGCCAAGAAGGAGACGGCGGCCGGCGGUGGAGGCGGAGGCGGCGCAUCGGUGGCCGCGACCGACGACGGCGGCGUCAACGGCAGCAACGGCGAGGCGGGCGGCAGCGGCAGCCACAAGGGCGGAUCGUCGUCGUCGGCGGCCAAUGGAGCGGCAGACUCCAAGGCCAAGCAGACGUGGACGACGAUCGACAUGGGCGGCCUCAGCCUCAAGAACGUGGCCAACGAGGUGUUCCGCUACUCGUUCCUCACCUCGCUCUUCAUCAACCACAACGCGCUGUCGACGAUCUCGUCGGAGAUUGUCAAGCUCAAGAACCUGACGGUGCUCGACGCGUCGGGCAACAAGCUCAUAUCGAUCCCGCCGGAGCUGGGCAUGCUGACCAGCCUGCGCGAGCUGUUCCUCUUUGACAACAACCUCGUCACGCUGCCGCCGGAGCUGGGCACGCUGCACCAGCUCGAGACGCUCGGCAUCGAGGGCAACCCGCUCAACGAGAACCUGCGGACGCUGGCGCAGCGCGAGGGGACGCAGGCCGUCAUCGCCUACCUGCGCGACUCGUGCCCCGUGCCGCUGCCGCCGCCGGAGCGCGAGUGGAUCAGCAUCGAGCCCGACGUGCCGGCGCAGCAGCGCGACGCCUCGGAGCCCGCCGCGCCCACCGAGUCGUUCAACGUGCUCUCGUACAACGUGCUGUGCGACCGAUACGCCACCGCCAGCAUGUACGGCUACACGCCCAGCUGGGCGCUGUCGUGGGAGUACCGCAAGGAGUUUAUCCUGCAGGAGGUGAUGAGCUACAGCGCCGACGUGUGCUGCCUCCAGGAGGUCGACAUGGAGCAGUACGAGGACUACUUCCUCCACCACCUGUCGCAGCAGGACUACGAGGGCGUCUUCUGGCCCAAGUCGCGGGCGCGGACGAUGCGCGACGAGGAAAAGCGCCACGUCGACGGCUGCGCCACCUUUUUCAAGUCGAACAAGUACCAGCUCAUCGAGAAGCAGCUCAUCGAGUUCAACCAGAUCGCCCUCCAGCGGCCCGACUUUAAGAAGACCGAGGACAUGUUCAACCGCGUCAUGACAAAGGAUAACAUCGCCGUCGUGGCGCUGCUCGAGAACCGCGAGAGCGGCUCGCGCAUCAUCGUCGUCAACGUCCACAUCCACUGGGACCCCGAGUUCCGCGACGUCAAGCUGGUGCAGGUGGCCAUGAUGAUGGACGAGCUCGAGAAGAUUGGCAACCGCUUCGCCAAGCUGCCGCCCAAGCUCAACGUCGCCGAGGGGUUCCCGCCGGCGCCCAAGUACACCGAGGGCAACCAGAUCCCCACGAUCAUCUGCGGCGACUUCAAUUCGGUGCCCCAGAGCGGCGUCUACGAGUACCUCAGCGGCGGCGGUGUCGGCGGCGACCACGAGGACUUUAUGGACCACGUCUACGGCAACUACACGGCCGAGGGCCUCAGCCACGCCUACCAGCUCAAGAGCGCCUACGCCAACGUCGGCGAGCUGCCCUUUACCAACUACACGCCCAACUACGUCGGCAUCAUCGACUACAUGUGGUACAACACCAACGCGCUCGCCGUCACGGGCCUGCUGGGCGAAGUCGACCGCGGCUACCUGAGCAAGGUCGUGGGCUUCCCAAACGCCCACUUCCCCUCGGACCACGUCUGCAUCCUGGCAGAGUACCGCGUCAAGCAUCCCAACACGGCCGGCAGCACCGGGCCAAAGCCGCGCGCCGUCGACUUUGGCGGAGGUGGCGGCGGCGGCGGCGGCGGGCAUCGCGACCGCGAGAGGAACGGCGACCGGCGGUGA